CACUUUCAAACGACGUCGUUCGUACUUGAUGUUUCCUGUAUCACCUCCUUCAACUAGGGUUUUGCUUAAAAAAACAAAACCCCAGCCCUCUAUCUCACAGUCCCUAAUUCCAAGCCAUGGAGGAACCUCCAUCGCAGGCUCCAUGUUGGAGCAACAUAGUCAAGGCGCAACCACCCCCAAAACCCCACCACCACCAGCAAGCCUUGAUUCCCCCGAAUCUCCCUGUCGGCAGCUGCAAAUCCAGCAAAGGCAUCAGCAUAGCCGUCGUCGAUGCCACCGCCAUUAUACAAGGCGGAGAGCAGCUCACUCGAUGCGCCGACAAGUUCGUAUCUGUCUCCGAAGUCAUCGACGAAGUCCGUGACCCCGUCUCCCGCCACAAGCUCGCCUUUGUUCCCUUCACUAUCGACACCAUGGAACCAUCUCCCGAAUCCCUCAAAAAAGUUAUCAACUUCGCGAGAGCCACUGGUGACUUGCAGACGCUUUCAGAUGUUGAUCUUAAACUCAUUGCAUUGACUUAUAUGCUGGAAGCUCAGAUCCAUGGGACUAAGCAUCUUAGGGACAGCCCUCCGCCUAUCCAUGCGGUUAAUGUGAAAAGGCUGCCUGAGAAGGAUAUGCCUGGGUGGGGCUCUAAUGUUCCUAAUUUGGAGGAGUGGGAGGCAUUAGAACAUGAAGUCGAGGAUGGAUCAAACCCAAAUUCGAGAAUCCUACCAUUGACCGAUUUAAAUUUAAAUGUUAUCCCUGCAGAUGAUCACUCUGAAAAUGGUUUAACAGGAAAUGGAGGUGAAGCUCGAUCUGAGGAUCAAGAGGAUACUGAUCCCACAUCGAGAAGACCUAUGAGAUAUUUGCCUAAGAAGAAAGAAAUAAAAAUUGAGGGGAAGAAGAUGGUGGCAGAUGGAGUUGAUGCCUCUCAGGGGCAAUACGGUGAUAAUGCUGGUGAUUGGUUGCCUGCUGUAAGUCGAAGUACUCAUCGAAGAUACCUUAGAAGAAAAGCUAGACACGAAUUGCAUGAAGCAUCAUUGGGAAAUGGUCAUCAGCAUGAUGCAGAGGAAAACAUGGAAAAUAACAUCAUUGAGGACACUGAAUGCGCUGAUGAGCUGAUGCAUGAAAGUCCUGAAGGAAAGCUUGUUGGAAAUGGGAUAACAGAGGAAAGUGGGACCACUGGAGGCAAGGAGGGUGAUGGAAAUCUUUCCUCAAUCCUACAACAAAUGAGGCUCGAAGAAGGUUCACUGAAGGAUCUUCAAGAAGGGAAAGAGGGGGACUUCUUGUGUGGGGGAUCUGAGUCCAACAAUUGCACAGUGGCAGAAUCUACUUCUGAUAAUAAUGCACAUAUAGCUGUUGAAGAGGAUGAGGUUGAAACUAUCGAUGAAAGGUUGGACCACUUGGAGAUCUCAAGCCAGAUGAGUGAAAGUGUUGAUGUGUCAUAUAUAGAUGACGAAAGUAGUGAGCAAAGCUGGAUGUUGAAAUCCUUGUCUGAUUCGAGUGUAGCUUGUGUAACCAGUGAUUUCGCAAUGCAAAAUGUUCUUCUGCAGAUGGGUUUGCGCCUGCUGGCACCAGGAGGGAUGCAGAUACGCCAGCUGCACAGAUGGAUUCUUAAAUGCCAUGCCUGCAAUGAGGUGACUGCUGAAAUUGGGAGAAUUUUCUGCCCAAGGUGUGGCAAUGGUGGCACUUUACGCAAGGUAGCUGUUACAGUUGGUGAGAAUGGAAUUAUUCUAGCAGCUCGUAAGCCACGUAUUAGCUUGCGUGGCACAAAGUUUUCACUGCCUUUGCCGCGAGGUGGAAGAGAUGCCAUUACUAAGAACCCGAUUUUACGUGAAGAUCAACUCCCUCACAAGCUCCUGCACCCCAAGACAAAGAAGAAAGCUAAUAAACCAGGAGAUGAAUUCUUUGCUUCAGACGAUUUCUUCAGCCACCAUACUGAUAAGAAAACUUCUUUAAGGCCUCCUGUAAGAGAAGCAUUGGCGGUCUUCAGCGGAAAGAGGAAUCCUAAUGAUAAUCAUUUCUCACGUUCGAAGCGGUAGAUGGCAGUUUGAGCUGGAGUUUUGAGUUUUGUUCAUUCGUUUCGACUUGGUAGCUGUAUUGAAAAGAAAAAAGAGGGGUUUUGCAUGGCCAAUUCAAGGUGUUAAUGAUUGUUUCUUUUUUUUUUUUUGGGUUUAUCCCCUUCUUUUGAGUGAGCUAGACCCAUAAUUUGUCAUGAUGCUUAUUAUGUUAUGGAUAGUUUGCUCCUAUCGAGCACAA